CGGCAUUGUAGACUCUUAGAGGAUCUGCUUCUUCCUUGUCCAAGGGCAUCGAUUUCUCCCUGUCACUGAAUGCCGCCUUCUCUUUUCUCACUUUUUAAAGUCAUGUUCUUUUAUAUGGAAUUCACAUGUCACGUCACCUUUCCCAUUAUUCCCUCCUUAGAAAGUAGGUUAACAAAACUGUUGGGUGCUUAUUGAUUAUUACUUUAGGUCGUAGGUUGUAUGUAUUUUCAAAUUAUGAAUACUUCCGGGUUUUCAUCCAUAUUAUGCUAUAUUAUACAGUUCCUCUUGAAUAACUGUAUGGUAAUACACAACUUGAUAGAAACAACUUUGGAAGUUUGUGUUAGGCUUAUGCAGAAACAGUUGCUGCCAGGGAAAACAAAAGGAAGAAACACACCGUCUUUUCUAUUCUGUGUUGAUAAUGUAUUUGCAUUUUGAGCAAAAUCUGUCUCCUCUAUUUGUUAGUUUUGCUGUUAUUAAUAUAAAUGUAUUUCCUGAAGUAAGCCUUGUCAUGAAUUUGUUGCAGGAGUUAUGGUCUAUGUUGGAGUUUAUGAUGCCUGAUAUUUUUGCUUCUGAAGAUGUUGAUUUAAAAAAGUUACUAAGUGCUGAAGAUACAGAUUUAAUUAGUCGUAUGAAGUCUAUCCUAGGGCCAUUUAUUUUGCGGCGUCUGAAAUCUGAUGUCAUGCAGCAACUUGUUAAAAAAUCACAGCAGUCAUUGACAUCAACUGUCCUCAAAACCGCCCUGAUACCGUACUUGAACUCGCAGUUAAAGAAGGGAAUUCCAUUGCCGAUUCUUAAGGGUUUCGCCCUUAAGAACGCUCGAAUCAUGAACACUCUGCCGUGGAUUGUGUUGUCUAGAGUGGAGAAAGAAUACCUCAAAUCUUAUUUUUUUUCUAUGAGUAUAUGAAGGUUUUUUACUUAAUCGUUGUUACUUAUUUAUAGCCCAAAUUAAAAGGAUGAAAUUGGUUUUUGACAUGUUUCAUUUGAAGUUUGUUUUUGAGCUGCUUUGUUUUCUUUAUCAAAUUGUACUAACUAACUUUGACACUUCUUUUAUCAUGCAGGGAUCUAUUAUACAAGCCCAUUGUACUAUGUAAGGCAACAAUCAAUAUUUUCUUGAAAUAUAUAUUAAAAAUGCGAGUAGCGUUGUGAAUUUUGUUUUUUUCCCUUCAUUUUUGCAGCUUGUGGUCACAUAUGUUGUUUCUGGUGUGUGUAUAAGUCGAUGAAUUGUCGGCGUGAGUCUCAGUGUCCAACAUGUAGGCAUCAAUACUAUCACUUCCCAACAGUGUGUCAAUCACUUCAUUUUUUGCUUCUUAAGAUGUAUCCUGUUGCUUACAAUAGAAGGAUCAAUCAAACUCUUG